AUGUCGGCACAUCCAUCAAACCCACACCGUACACCGUAUAACGUCCUCAAUCAGACGUUCCUGAUCGACAAUGCCUACGCCAUCACCAAGGACCUCGGCCAGGGUGCCUACGGUUGCGUAGCUGCUGCCACCCACAAGGGCACCGGCGAAAGCGUAGCUAUCAAAAAGAUCACCAACGUCUUCACCAAAAAGAUCCUCACAAAACGUGCCUUACGAGAGAUCAAACUUUUGCGUCACUUCCGCGGCCACAAAAACAUCACCUGCCUAUACGACAUGGACAUUAUCGACCCCGUCGGCUUCAACGAGGUCUAUCUCUAUGAAGAGCUCAUGGAAGCUGAUUUGCAUGCCAUCAUUCGAUCCGGCCAGCCUUUGUCGGACGCUCACUUUCAGUCGUUCAUCUAUCAAACACUGUGCGGCUUGAAGUACAUUCAUUCCGCCUCGGUCUUGCAUCGAGACCUCAAGCCCGGCAACUUGCUCGUCAACGCCGACUGCGAACUCAAGAUCUGCGAUUUUGGCCUUGCACGUGGCUUCGAGACGGAUCCGGAAUUGGCCAAGCAGGUGGGCGCAGGUUUCAUGACCGAGUACGUAGCAACUCGAUGGUAUCGUGCACCAGAAAUCAUGCUCAGCUUUCAGAACUAUACCACAGCGAUCGACAUCUGGUCGGUUGGAUGCAUCCUUGCCGAGCUCUUGGGAGGACGACCGAUCUUCAAGGGUAGGGACUACGUCGAUCAGCUCAACCAGAUUUUGCACUACUUGGGAACGCCGAGCGAAGAGACGCUCCGACGCGUUGGAUCUCCGCGUGCACAGGACUACAUUCGAUCUCUACCUUAUCAACCGCGCAUUCCUUUCGAUCGACUAUAUCCACAAGCCAACCCUCAGGCGCUGAACCUGUUGGAACGCAUGCUCGAGUUCGACCCCGCCAAACGCAUCUCCUGCGAAGAGGCACUGCAGCACCCAUACCUGUCAGUAUGGCAUGACCCCGCUGACGAACCCGUCUGCCCGCGCAAGUUUGAUUUCGGCUUUGAAAGCGUCGAUGAAGUGCAAGGCAUGAAGACGCUCAUUCUCGAGGAAGUGCGUAGCUUCCGAACCGAAGUUCGACGUCAGGCCAGAUUGAUGCAACAACCAAAGAGGCAAGAGUCUUUGCCUAUUCCAAGCAGAGAGGACAUUCAGCGGAGCAGUCCAACCGAGGAAGGCAAUCCGGCCUAUUCGGUAUUAGGUGCAAGUGCGGGCAUCAUUCAGGGUGCAACCAACUCGGAGCAUGCCAGCGGCGUGCUCAAUGAUGCGUGUGUCAUGGAGGAGCCUGCAGAGAGCUUUGAGAGGGAGUUGAUGCAGGCAAGGUAA